AUGGCGGAUGUCUCAAGUAAUGACCGAAAAAUUAAACUAAAUAAAAACGGGAAAGUAGUGAAAAGGAGACAACGAAAUCCAGAGGAAUGGCACAAGCAAAAACAAAAACGCCUAAGGAUAGCUGGAUUGGAGUACGUAAACGCAAAUGGAAAAAUCGUGCCUCCCAAACAACCGGGCCCCGACUGCAACUGUCGUAGAAAAUGUUUCCAAAAGGUUCCAGAGGACAUACGCCUAAAGACCUUUCAAGGUUUCUACUCCAUGAAAACGCACGACGAACAAAAUGCUUACCUCUUUGGACUUAUGAGACAGGUUGAUGUUAAGAGAAAAAGAGUCAAAUGUAGCAGCCGACGUACAUGCACUUUCGAAUACUUUGUGAGAGUUAAAGGAAGAGAAACGCAAGUAUGUCAAACGGCAUUUAAAAACAUUCAUGCCAUCACAGAAAGAAAAGUCAGAGUUCUUUGUAAAAAAAUGGAUGAUGGAGUCAUGUUUCCCAGUGAUAAUCGAGGGAGAAAUAGCCAUCGCCGCUCGGGAGAAGUGAGAUUACCCAAUGGUGUUAUCGACCAAAUAAAAAAUCAUAUCUACUCAAUUGUUCACACGCACAGGUUAAAAGACUUUAUAAGGCUGGAUAAAAUAGCAGGGCUGGAAAUAAACAUCUCUAAGAUGUGGAAAGAUUAUAUAAAAACAUAUGAUCCGGAUAACAUAUCUGCAACAAUGCCAAAAUCUAAACGUAUUAUUGAUAACAUGGUCGCCAUGAAAAAUGAACACAUUCAGCAAACUCAGCCAGUUCCACAGGAAACUUUUGCCCCAAUCAAUUAUCCCGGACAAAUAGUUAACAUCUCUGAAAAUUAUUUUGACAAUCAAUACCAAACGACUUUGGCUACAGCAGGAAACUCCAGUAAUUUCUAUCCUUCCCAAAAUGGAUCCCAGGGUAUGGGAAUACUGGUCCAAUCGACGAUUACUAGACCUACUCAACCGGCGACAGCAUUUAUAUUAGUACAAACCAAACCUGAACCUCAUCAGGAAACUAUCACUGUGAGUAACAUAACUUACACUCAAAACAAUAUGACUCUUCUUCCUGAAGUCGAAACAAAAAAGGAACAGAAACCUAAGAGGGAGAGAAAGAGAGGGCCUCUCGUGAAGCAGUGGAGAUACACCAACAUUUUUCAUGAUGAAAUAAACGGUGCAGCCUUGGCAGCGAUUAAAACUAGGCUGGGCAUGUAUUACGCGGAAAGUGACGCUGCUAGGAAAAAGGCCAAGCAGAUCAGACCUCAGGAAACUGUGCAGACACAGACCCAGACCGAACCAGACCAGCAAAUGCAGGGUGAUCUUAAUGUUAUAAGGACCAAUCACCAGCCAGUGAGACCCACACACACUGUCACUAUAUAUACAUAAGUCAUAGAGAAUAGAAUACAAGGAGUACAAUCGUAUUUGGCUGAAUAAUAACAUAAAAGUAUGUAGUAGAUGGUAGUAGGAAGCUAGGAUGAACUAUGUUCUGGAUUUGCUACGCAAUUAUUAUUACCGUGUGUGAAUGAAAUCACAACAUACGAAAACUGUAAAGAAUUAAAAGGACACAAGCAAAACUUGUGACCAACAAAUCAGUUGCAACUGAUAUUUACUUCGUGUAUUUAUGUGAUUUACAGUAAUUUGUGCCGUAAAACAAAGACGUAGUUG